GUCUGUAGCUGCAAAAAUGUCCGUAUUGUAUGUGUAUUCACAACUACAGCCUUUAGUUACUCCAUAGCUGCACCCUCCAAAGGGAAAACAACAUUUAAGCACUUGUCAAUAUGAAAACACUUUCAAGAAAACAUCUUUUAGGCUGCUGUUGCUAGCUUCAACAUAAGGUGAAGAAGCUCUGAUGUGACAGCUGCAGGCUGUGAGGAUGGCAGCAGACACAGUGGGGUCCGAUUAGACUGGCUGUGUGUUGGAGGUCCACAGUUUGGAAAUAAUGCCGUACAGUAACAGAGAGCUGGUGGAGUUCUUCAUAGGCCACAAGUUGUCUCAGAAGGACUACCCAACCUCUCUGCUGAGGCCCGAGGAUGCCAGUGGAAGGACCGAGAAAGACAAGGCCACCACAGCUGCUAGUAAUGGCUCCCUGCUCACCAGCAGGAAUGGCAGCAGGCAGCUGGGGACAUCAUCAUCCCCUCAUGGCGACAUAGAGGCUGUGAAGGCAGCGCUUCGGGACUCGGCCGACAAGUUUGAACUGCUCUUCACAGAAGCGUUUAGUGACCUCUCCUCACAGAUUGACAUCACUCCUGAAACAGCCUACCACAGCUUUAAGAGCGUGAUGGACGAAGUGUUCAAGGACGGAGUCAAUUGGGGACGUGUAGUGGGCCUCUUCACUUUUGGCGGUGCUAUUUGUGUGAAAUGCGUCGAGAGGAAUAUGAGUGACUUGGUUUCCCGCAUCGUUGACUGGAUGACUAUUUACCUGGAUGAGCACAUCAACCCGUGGAUCCAGAGCCAAGGAGGCUGGGACUGCUUCGUUGAGCUUUUCGGGCGUGAGGCAGCCGUAGCGGGAACAACAUCUCGGGAUUCUCUGAGGAGGUGUCUGCUGGCUGGAGCGGCGCUGCUAAUGGGAGUGCUGGUCGGCGUGCUCAUUGCUAAGAAACAGUGAAGGUGUCGCAUCCUACCCACCGCUGCACAAAGCCCUCGUGUAAUGCUACGCCAACAUUAAAAAAAAAUAAAUAAAACCCCCAACAAACUAAACUUAAUAGUUAAUGUUUACAAAAAGCCCAGUCUGCUUGUGCACUGACAGAAUGUGGAUUUGGUUGAAGCAGGAGUAAAGCAGUAGGAGUGUCCAUCAUAUGUAGCUUGGUGUGAGCUGAUAUACUCCUCACCCCGCUUUGUCCUGUGUCUUUUUAAUUGUUUUUGUUUUUUUUAACACACAGCAGAUUUUCAGUUUUUUUUUUAAAGAGUGUCACUGAAGACUGGAAGUGCUUUAACGAACCUGAUAAGCUAAGAGACAGUGACACAGAUUCAGCUGGUUUGAUGAGACUGCUUUUUUUUUUUUUUUUUCUUUUGGAUGUGUUAUCCAAGGACCAAUUUUUAUCACUUAAAAUACCAACUUACAGCUGACCGAGAGUAUAAGUUAUAUUUCCUUUUCACUGUGUAAUGCUCAGCUCCUUUUUUGUUGGCUGUAUUGGAGUUUUAAGCAUGCUUCAAAAAAAUAAAUAUAUUU